AUGCUCUCGUUUGCAAAAGUAGUAUCUGGUAAAUCAACGGAUGCGGCGCCAGAUGGCACCGCCGCCGUUUCACCAGUUGCUGGACACACAUCUACGCCACAAGAUCAAAACGAGGCACCAUUCACUGAUACUACACAUACAAAAGAAAACGAACCGAAAGGGGAUAAACCACAUCGUGAAAAGGGAGAACGAAAUAAGCGCAGAAGUAAUCGAAAUCGUGAACGUAGAAAUCGUGGAGGUGGUGAAGCAAAAGCUGAAAAAGCAGCUGCAGCUCCAGUUGUUGAAGAAAUCAAACCAGCUGAACCACCAGUUGUAUUGGAACCAGCUCCACUUCCAGCAGUAAAUGCGUGGUUCAAAAAUAAAGCAGGUAAGUAUAUAUUUAUUGUAGAAAAAUAUAUAAUUUAUACUAAUUUUUGUUGCAGAACAAGCAAAAGCAGAAACAGCUGCAGCUGCACCAACACAAACUGCUCCACCAGCACAAGUAGCUCCAAAAGUAACCGCUCCACCCAAACCAGUUGAAACUCCAAAAGAACCAGUAAAAGAGAAAGAAAAACCGAAAGCAAAAGAAGUAAAGAAAGAAGUGAGUGUUUUCUUUGCCAUGGAAACACGUUUUUCUACACGCAAUUUGUAUCCGAAUUGUAUUUUCAAUAAAUAAAUUGUUUAUAGGUUGCUCCAGUUGCUGCUCCACCUGCUCCCGCUCCAACCCCACUCAAAUCAGUCAACCGACAACAACAACAGGAAAAACCCACAGAAAGAACAGUAAAUGAUCCAGAAUGGCCUAGUUUGGCAAACGCAGAAAUGGUUAAUGGACAUAUCUCACCCACAAAUUCAGAUGAAGUUGAGGGAGCAAGUACACACAAAACAGUUACUGGUAAAACUUCGAAAAAUAGUUGGAAAAAGGUUGAAAUCUCGGUGGAUUAUGGAAGUAAAGGAAAAGGAGCACCAAGAGAAAAAGGAACAAGAAGAGCUGCAAAUGAGGAAUCCGGUAAGAUAUAGCUAUCAAAUUUUGAUGUUUAAAAUCUAGAAAAAAUAUGUUUCUUCAUGUUUUGCUCUACACUAUUAUACUCAAAUUUUUGCUCGAAAAAUAAAAAAAUGUUGUCCGAUUUUUUAACUGCCUGUUAAUACUCCAAGAAAUUUUUUGAAACUAGCCAGGCCUUAUUCUGGAUGAAUUCAAGACUAGAACAUGUAUAAAUUUGUUCCUCGGAUAUCUUAAGGCCCUAGCUAGAAUUUUGGGGAAAAAGUUAACCCCUUGAAUCCUUUCUUGAUUCUUAAAAUUUUCAAAAAUAAACCCAUGUUCCUCCCUAUCAAAUGCAAAUACAUAUGAAUAUAUUUUUCAUACAAAUUUUUAUUUUUUACAGCAAAACGUCGUUCGGGAGAUGUUGAAUCAGUCAGCAGCGACGAACAAUAUUGGUGAGUCAUUUUUUUGUGUGUUGAAUAGUAAUAUUUUUCAUUAUUACUAUUAUGAUUUCAUCCCAAAAACUGCUAAAAACAUGUAUUCUUCUUCUCACUUCCCCCCUCUUCACAUAAUGUGUUUUUCUGGGAUUUUUUUGGAAGUGAACGAGAAAGAGAGAGAAAAACACGAACAUAUCCAUUCUUUUCCGUUAGCAUAAAUUUACGGCACUGAAUGAAUUCUUUUUUCGUAGUUUUUACUUUUCUAGUUAAAUUUUAGAUGGCUUUAAUUUAAUGAAACAUUUUUCAGGUCGAGAAACAAAGAUUCGAAGAGUCCACUCACUGAAAUGUCCGCAGAAAGGUAUGUUUUUUUUCUUUCAAACGUAUUUUUGAAAUGGUGGUUAUUUGUCGAUUUUCGAAAUUGUUCGAAUUUUUGUGAUAACAUGAGAUUUCGGUUUCUCAAACAAUUACCCAAAUAUUCAAAUUAUACACCCCCGUUUCUUCAUUUUUGCAAUCACCGCGAACAAAUUAUUUUGCAUAUUUGAAGGAGAAGAAAAGUGGCGACCGGGCGGAGAGAAAAAGAGAAACGGUCACUAACAUACUUGAUACAGUACAGACAGGAGCUAUGUGUCGGCGAAAAAAGUUGGCUGGUUGUGUAGUGUGUGUAUGUAUGGGGGUAUUGUAUAUGUUGCGAUGUAUUGUCUAAUCGAAAGUUGUUAUCUAUCUAUCGAUCACUUCUCGCACUUUUUCUUUCUCUUUUUUUGUAUGUGUCCACCAUUUGUUUCUUCUUUCUCUCAUCUCGCCUGCUACCAUUUUGGGCGUUCAACAAGGGAGAAUAGUAUUUGUUGAGAGGUUCAAUCAUAAUUCCUUUUUUUGUUGUUGCAUCUAUUUAUUAUAACAAACAUGAUACAACUUGUUUCAUUUUUGUUGUUUUUUAGUAAGUCUGGAAACUAUCGAUUCUUUUUCCUCUCCUCGAAGAACAAUUCAGAUGCUUUUGUUGUCUUCUUCUUCUUCUCCGUUCGCUCGUUGUUUGUUGUUGUUUUCGCGUUUUCCCCUGCUCUUCCUUUGACAUGUUUUUUUCUUGUUGAUAAAAUGUAUCUGCGCUUUUCGAAUUUUUGUAUUUCUGAUAGGAGUGGCUAUGGCUAGACAUUUAAUCUUUAAUCAUUUCGACUAUACGAUCAUUAUACUUCCUGUCAAUUUUCACACCUUUGUUUACAUCGAAAAAUAUCAUGUUACGCGAUCGCCCUUUUCAUUAAAGUUCUUCUCUAAAUAGGGACAAUUUUAUAAUGAGAUCCUGAAAAGUUUCUCAUGACAGGUAAUGAUGGAAUUAUUUAGAAUGUCCCCCUAGGAAUUUUAUGCGUAAGAUAGAGGAGAAAAAAGGAGGAGGGCAGCUGACAGCCAGCCAAGCCAGACCAAUAGAUUUCACUCACAAAAACGCGCACAUCGCUCACUCUCACUGAGAAGAGAGAAAUAUUACGCUCACAUUUCUUCGUCUGUUGAAUUUUUGGUUAUGUUUUGCAUUCGCUCAUUCUCCCUCUCUUUUCUUUUUCUCUCGCCAUCUCUAUGUUUUUUUUCGGCACCCAUCAGCAUGUGGGCCCUAGCGAAACGAAAAAAAAGAAGAGAGAGGAAAAAGAGUCAGUGGCUGGUUGGUUUUGCCUAUAUUUCUUUCGUUUUCGCUGUCUUCUCUCUUUUUUCUGCUUACCUCUCGCUCUUUUUGCAUAGUUUUUGUCUGUCUGCGUCUCGUCUUCGUGAUUAUUAUGUGCGUUGAAAUGGCGCUGGUUCUCUUUUUUUCGUUCGCUCCGCGACGGCGACGACUCGCGCAUGCAGCACAUUUCCAGAAAAACGAGCUUUUCAUGUUGUUUUUUUUUUUGCUCUUCGCAGAAAAUUAUUUCUGGCUUGUUGAAAUUAGCUUGAUUUUCCAUGUGACGUGAAGUAGCUUUAUCCUAAAAAUUAGCUCCAACUUUCAAUAGAUUCUCCUAAAAUUCACAAUUUCUCAUUUUUGGAUAUAAUUAGGUAGAUUUUAACGUUGUCUUCAAACUUGCCGUGAAGUGAUAUUAGAAAUAAUUUUAAUUUCAUUUUUUUCUAAACACAUCUCGUUUUUUAUCCUAUUUUUGGCUGAAAAUCUUAUUUUAUAUGUUAUUGUUCCUCGAGAUUACCAAAAAAAAUUCUCCUUUCAAUUAAUAAUUGAUAAAUUUCCGUCUCAAUACCACAUUUUCGUGUUGUUGUUUUUUUUUUCAUUAUGCUAUAAAAGGCUUUUCUCUCUCGUGACGUCAGAAUUUCUCUGAAACAUCGCCGCCCUCGCAAAAAUUUGAAAAAAAAAUGAUGUCAUGUUGUCAUUUAAUUUCUCCAUUUUUCCCCAAAAAAUCCAAUUUUACCCGAUUUUAUUUUCAGGGUCGUGGAUAGUGGAUCGAAUGGUAUAUACUACCAACAAGGUGGAACACACGGUUGGAAAAAGAAAGUAAAACCAUCGAGCACUGAAUCCACAUCACCACAAUCGUUAGUUUCGACACCGAGCAGCGAAGAGAAUCACGCACCAGUUCAACACAAAGACAAAUCCACUUCAAUAAUCAUGAAUGGAAACGGACCAAGAAACGGGCAACCGAACAAUAAUAAUAAGGGUGGUCCACCACGAACAAAUGUUGCCAACAACACUGGAAAAAGCGACUAUUGGCACAAAAACAAUACGGAUCGUAGUAAAAAUGAAGAGAAAGCUCAACCAAAAGCAUACUAUCAAAGAAAUGAUAGAUAUCAAGCUCGCUCGAACCCUCAUGCACCUCCAAAAUUGACAGCAGCUCAACGAAAAGAACGUGGACCAUUGCCAAGAUGGGAGGAUAUUCAAGAUGGUGAAGAUAAUUUUGAUUAUAUGAAUUUGAUGGAAGCACAAUAUUCACAAUAUUAUGGAGCACCACAACCAUUUGAUCAUCAACUUGAUCCGAAUUCGGCAAGUUUGUUGAUUCAACAAGCACAUCAUCAUAUGGCAUCAUUCCAACCAUUCCGUCAACCAAUUCAAAUGAUGUCGCCACAUAUGAUUUCGCCAAUUGAUAAUCGCGAUGGACAACUUGCAUCGCCACUUUCAAAUGGUGGAGAACCAAUCAAUACAGCUAUUCCAUUCGCACCAAUUUAUCAUCCACCAAUGCCGCCACGUCCGGUUACUGAUGAAACAUUGAAGGAAUAUGUCAAAAAUCAAAUGUAAGUUGUUUUUUUUUCUGAAGCUAUUUUUGGUGAAAUUAUCAUCGUUUGAAAAAUUGAUUCUAAAUGGGGUUUUUGUUCAAAAACAGGAAAUCGAAAAACAAUUUUUAAAACUAACUUCAAUGUGAAAAUUUUGUAUCAUAAGUUUUUUAGAAAACCAUGAUUUUGAAUGGAAAUCAAUCUCAAAACUUCUCAAACCAGAACAUUUAUACCCAACCUCUCCUAAAAAUCUCGAAAAAUAUCUAAUAUUCAUUUUUUCCAGUGAAUACUACUUCUCUGAAGACAAUUUGCAAAAGGAUUACUAUUUGCGCCGUAAAAUGAGUGUCGAAGGAUAUUUGCCACUCGCUUUGGUUUCAUCAUUCCCACGUGUUCGAUCAUUGACCGAAGAUUUGACUUUGAUCAUUGAAGCACUUCGAAACAGUGUGAAAGUUGAACUUUCUCCAGAUGGUGCUUAUAUCAGAUCACGAGACAAACCAGAAUACUGGCCACUUCCACCAAGUAUUGCUGGAGUCGAAUUUGCACCAAGCACUUCUGCUCAACAACCACCAAGAGGCCCACCAGUGCCGCAACAGCAACAAUCACAUGCUACAAGAUAUAUUUCGAAACCUGUGGAAACUGUCGAUGCGCCACAAGCCAGUUCAUCGACACAACCACAACCAACAGAAGUCACAAAUAAUGAUGACGAAAAUUGGGAAGAGGUUAAGCCGAAAAAGAAGGGAAAGAAUCGAAGUACGUCUGGAUCACAAGCAAACGAUUCGACGAAAAAAGCACAAAAUAAUUCAUCGACAACUAAAGGCGCAGAUCAACCGGAUCUUGACUUUCAGUUUGAUAAUGAACUCAACACAUCUGGAGGUGGACAUUCGACACCAAAACGAGAAAAUAAUAAGAAGAAGGCAAUGUUGAGGUUAGUUAGCAGAUGUCCUCUAGAAUAAUCUAAUUAUAAAAUAAUUCAUUUAUUUCAGCGUUGUUGAAACAGAAGAAAUAGGAGAUGAUGUGAUAAACAAAUUGAUUAUUAUGACACCAUCUCGACGAACAUUGGAUAAAACUGGUGAUUAUUCGACAAGAUCUCAAAAUCAAUCAGAUUUCAACGAAGAAGUCGAAAUUGGAUUGAGACGAUAUGAAGAGGAAUUAUGGAAUGUUCCAUUGGAAAAAGAUGCUCCGGUAAGCACAAUUUUCAUUAUAAUAAAAAAUAAUAUAGAUAGUUUUGCUUUCUAACACUUCCAUUUUUCUGCACGAUUUAUCAUUCUUCAACCUAUUUUGUAUUUCGUGAAAGUGUUGUGAUUGUUUACAGAGCAAUAAGAAAGUGACAACAGUAAGUCAUGAAGAAUUCCAAAAAUUGCGAGGAGAUGAAGCAAAACCACAAAACGAUGGACCACCACCAGUUAUUCCACAAACUUCGGCUCCAGGACCACAAACACCGCAAUCUGUUUGGACACAAAAAGCAAAAGAACGCGCUGCGGCGCAUCAAACAGUUGUAAGUUUUUCGAUAUUGUGCUAAAUAUUUUCUUUGCCUUUUUAAUUGUUCAACUUCCCCCGAAUUAAACAAACCUAUACUAAAUUGAAUAAUAUUUACACGAGAUGCUUCUUUUUCUCUCAAUCAAAAACACUGUUUUCAGCCAAAAUCACCAAUGCAACGUCGUGAAUCGGAAGAGCAAAAAAUGAACAGAUUCUAUCCAGUGAGCAAACCAGUUGUUUCAUUGGAUGCCAAAUCACCAAGAAAGAAGAAGACCCGACACAGUGAAAAACCACCAGUUGAAUUGCCAGUUGCUUGGGUUUUGGGACGCGAAGAUCCACCACCAGCGCCAGUUGGAGUUGCUGCAAGUUCAAGCCAAAUUCCAUCGAAUCAUCCAUCAUAUCGACUUCUUCAAGAGAAUCAAUUUGUUCAAAAUGUUUAUUCAACAUGGCGACUAUCUUGUUUGAAACAACGCAAAAAUCUUGGCUAUGAUUGCGCCGAAAUGAAUACUUUGUAUCGUUUUUGGUCAUUCUUCUUGCGUGAUAAUUUCAAUCGAAACAUGUAUGAGGAAUUCAGAAAAUUGGCUUUGGAAGAUGCUGAACUUGGAUCACGUUAUGGUAUCGAAUCAUUGUUCCGUUUCUAUAGUUAUGGACUUGAGAAGAAAUUCAGACCGGAAAUUUAUAAGAAUUUUAUGAAAGAUUGUGUGGUUGAUGUUAAGAAGGGUGAAUUGUAUGGAUUGGAGAAAUUGUUCGCUUUCUUGCAAAGGUUUGUUUUUUCUUUCUUGCAAAGGUUGUAAUUCUGCAAUAAAUAUCACUUCAAAUUGAGAACCUGAAUUCCCAGGUUGAAAUUUUUAUGAAAAAUAGUAAAAAUUUUUCCUGGAUUUUAUACGUUUCAAAAAAGAAGCAAUAAAAAGUGUUUUUUUUGAAAAUUAAUGAAUCCUUCUGGUUGUACAGAUAAUGCUACAAAAUAUUUGACAGAAAUCUCAUCAAAAAUGAAAAACUAAAACUCGUUUUUUCAGAUACAAAAAUGCGAAACAUUUGGUCGUUGAACCAUUUUUGGAGGAACAAUUGAAACAAUACAAAACAACCGAUGAUUUCAGAGUAAGUUUUUUUUAAAUGUUUUUUUGAAAUUCAAAAUUGUAAUUUCAUCAUUUUCAGAACAAGCCACAAAACGCUGCUACCAAAGCCUGA